AUGUCUAUCGAGCUCGCAGAAGUUGCCCGCGCUUUUACCACCAACGCAACACUCGCUCAGUCUCGCCUCUCUUACGACGAUGUACUCAAAUUUCUCGACCGCUGUUGCGAAUGGCGGGACGAUUUUGCCACGGUGCAGCCGGCAAAGCGCAAGACAGUGACAUCGCCCCCUCCUAUUCUUCCACUCGUUCACGCCCGCUGGCUCUCUAACACGCUAGGAAUUCGGCGACUUCUCAUUCAUUCAUUAUGGGACGUCUUUAAACACCAAGUAUGGCAAAUGUUGCGCGUUCGAGAGCGCAGCCAUGUCAUGGUCAGCCACAUUGAGGGAAAGGGAGGGUGGAAGAUUGGCCUAGCGUAUAUAAACCUAUACCCACCCUCAAGACUCUGCAAGAACCUCAACUGCGCCAAGAAAUCAGAGCUGCGUCAGCUCGUACCCAGACGUUGUGUCGCCUUCACCAUAGAGGAUGGCGUUCAGUUUGCCAAAUCGAUCACUCUUACAUGCGACAUGUGCGGCUGGGAGUACCACCCCAACUAUGUCGUUUGUCCUGCCCUUAGGCGAUACUACCUCAGCGUUCCCGAUUUCAUCGAGGUCGACAUGCACCAUUACGUCGAAACCCGGCUAGCGAACCUCUGGACGAACGCGAUGUUAUAUUCCGCGUACGUUUGCUACUAUCUGCAUAAUACACUCGUACUGAUCUAUAAUCUAUCUAGAACAUCUGCGACAGAACAAGUGUGGACCGCAUUCACGGUCUUCGCACUCCUUCGCGACGCCAAGGACCGCAAGGUGCCCCUUCGUGUUCCGCACAAGGGAGAACAACGCGACCGCUUCAAGUUUUCCAUGAAGGAACGCAACGAAAGGAUCAUCCGACUCGGGCAACAUGAACUACGUCACUACUGUGACCUCUGUAUGCGGGUGUGGAGAGAGGAUUUGGCUGACGGUGGGAGAAGAUAUCGAAAAUGUCAAGUAGCAGUGAGCGACGGCAUAACAAUUGGCCACUACAUCUGCAAAGUUUUCCGGUGCACAGACGAUCUCGGCUCGAUGGCCGACCACUUCUGCGCUGAGCACAAAGAUCAAGCGGGCAUCUGUGCCGUCGAAGGGUGCAAGGACGCCAUCAACCGAACAUUGACAACAACGCAUACAUGCUCUGAUGUAGAGCAUCAAUCAAUGGAAGAACAGACUCGUGCCCGGGGAAAGAGCAUGUUCGCUCUCAGGUCUCGACUCGCACGCGCUCAAACCUCAAGGCCCGAAGCUUCUCUCCCCGAGAAUGGACCCAGCGACGACGUGUUGAGCUCACAGCUCAUUGCGUCCCUCCCUGACGAUUCAGAUGAGUUCUAUGAACUGGACAGCAACGGUAAUAUGGUCCAGCACGUCGACUCCAACCCAACCAACGUUGGCGUUACCGAUGAGCAGGUCCAGGCCGCAAACUGCCCUGACAAGACGACCAAACGGUUCAAGAUACAUCUCUCGCGACGCCGCUCCUGCUGUGAGGAGACGGUUGUCCGUCCGUGCGGGGUCAUUGUUGGUCGGGGCACUCUGUUUGGUGCUGAGGCAGUUUCCAACGUCCUGGUACUUUUUUGUAAAGAAACUGUUCAGCAUACCGGGGCUCAAAAGCCCGAGCAUUGGAUCUACGACACCGCUUGCGAUGCUAAGCAGCAGGCGAUGAAGGACCCUUGGUGGGAUACGGUCCGAAUGUCCGUCGACGUCUUUCACCUCCUCAACAAACAUAAAACCACCCACGCAUUCUGCCAGCUCAACUGUAACCCUGUGCUCUUCCCCGAGCUUCAUAAGGAGGAUGGCACUGGUUGGUGGUUCAACACCAGCAUUGCCGAGCAGGUUAAUGUCUGGCUGGGCUCGUACCAUGCUAUGGUUCGAGAGAUGAUGUCGGUACGCUACAACUUCUUUCUCGACGAGAUGAUUCGUCUGCGCAACAUUGACGUUGUCGAACGUCUUCGGGUGAAGGGCCACCAUCCUAAUUAUUCUUCCUUGAACGAGUAG